UGCGGAAGAAAUAUUUAAACUGCUGUAAACCCAUGCGAAGUAAACAUUAUUUUACAAUCUGUUGAGGAGUGAGUCCAUUUUACUACAUAGUUCUUUCGUUUCCGUCGUUACGUCGUCUGGUCAUCUCGUCGUCUUUUUGGAUUUUUAUACGGAUUUUUAUCUAAAAUGUUGAUAGGAAGAUUCGGGAGUUUUUGGCUUGUCAUAGUUGCGGUGUUACUUUCUUCACUUGUGGUGUCAAGUUUCCCCAGGCCUGGCGAACAUUCCAGAGUUCGUAUUCAUAUCCCUGUCAAGCAUCAUACACAUUUCCACACGAAAACAGUGAUCAAAAAGGUACCUGUCCCUGUCCCAGUGCCCGUGAAAGAAGAUCAACAUCAUUUUGACGAAGAUCAUCAUCAUUUUGAUGAAGAUGAGGAGGAGGAAGAAUAUGAAUCGUACAUAGUGCCUAAGAAGAAGUCCUACCAUCCAUUCAUAUAAAAAUAAUUUUAAAUUGUUUGUGGGUCUCUUAUAAUCGUUAUGUUAUUUGUUAUUAUUUCAAGAGAAGUUAUAUUUAAUUUAUGAAACAUAAAUGUUAUCAGUCAAGCGAA